GGAAUCUGUCGGGCGUGCAAGACCAUGUCCUCCGCGCCAACGACGCACGGGAUGCCACGUCAAGCCGUGGUGACAGCGCCGCCCAUCCCCGACAAGGGGAAGCGCAAGGCCGCGCCGGAACGAAAACCAGCUCCAUUGUCCCGCACGCCGAAGCCAACGCCGAUGCCAACGCAGCGCGAACCAGCGCCGCUCAUCCUCGACAAGGGGAAGCGCAAGGCCGCGCCGGAACGAAAACCAGCGUGGUGGGAGGACGCGCCGACCGAGUCUGAAGACGACGAUGACGAAGACCUCGACGAGCGGCUCGGCGGCAACACGAAGCGAGCGCGCCGUGACGAGGCGCCGGGAAGCACCUCGCACCGGUUCACGAAAGAGGCGCGGGCGUUGCGGACGAAACACGACUCGCGCGGGUCGGGCGAGCCGAUGCAUGAGAAGCCGCGCAACUUGGAUACGGGACGCAAGGGCAACUUGGCGGUCCGCCCAAAGCUCGUGUACAAGGAGUCAUUCACCCUCGGCGUCGGAGUUGGCCUCUUCGCGGAGGAAAGCGUGAGCGCGGGCGAGGUCGUGGCACUGCCCUUCGAGGCGCAGCCCGUCGAUCGCGUCACGCCUGGGCACCCGGCAACUCGCUCAACAGAGCGGGCCACAAAGAACGCAGCGCAAACGGUACUUGCUUCCUCCGACGUCUCGGUGGCCACAGGGCCCAUCGCGUCUGCUGCUGUCCCGACAAAACAGGCAGCAAAGCGACGUCUCAAGGACGCCGAGCAGCGCCGAAAGCAAGGUGCUCCGAUGAUUGAAGUGCGCGAAAGCUUCACGGACGUGGGGACGUACUUCAAGGUCAAGGGCGACCAGACCAAGUUUCUCGUCGACGAGUGGCUUGUCCACAUGCUUGAUGCAGACGCUGGUCUUACGGAGCUCCCUACGACGACGAGCGAUGCGCUCAUCGUCGUGCUGCAGGCGCUCUACGAGCUCGACGAGCUCGCGCAGGUUGUCGCGGACAGCGACCUCUCGGCGCACAUCCUCGAGCUUUGGGAGACGCUGCACCAGGAGAGCCGAGGCAACGUGACGAACACGCAGCUCGACACGACGACGAGCUUCCCCAACCUCGUCCUCGCUCGCGGCGGUGCUCACGCGCACUUCGCCGCGCUCGUCAAGAAGGGCAAGUAUCAUGAACCCAUCAAGGUCGCCUUCUCGGGCACUCGAGACGUCGCGCGCCUUGCCAUGGCAACCGUCGUCUCCAAUGUCGGUGUCGAGGUCUUCGAGACGCCGAUCGGGACAGACGACACCGGCCAUGGUCCCGUGCACGUGGUCGCCGACGCUCCGCUCUUUAGCGCCAUCUUGCGCAAGGCAGCCGACGCCGGUCUUCUCCAGGACCUUCCGCGACGCAUUCAAGCCGCGCUCAUGAGAAGCGAUGUCGUCCUACCCGACGUCAACCUCUGGACUGGCGGUAUUGCGCAGGUGCAACAUCUCGCGUACACGCCUUUCCGCACCGGACGCCGCGCCAUCACGACGAGCGAGGUCGAGGCCUACGAAGCUGCCCUGGGCGCGAAGAAGACUCGCUUCAAUUGGUAUUAAUUGACAACAUGCAAUCUUGUGCUUUCGA